AUGUCUCCCUCCUCGUCCCCUUCAAGGGACAUAACGGAGCUUUUCAGCCGGCGUCGCGGUAUCAACAUCCCCUCGGAUCAGAAGACUUUGCUCGACGGGCCUGAUUCUUGGGCUGUAGAGUUGAACAACCCUCGCAAUCUGGCACAUAUUCCAGGUCACGUUUUUGAAACGGUCAAGGCAAGUUACCUUGCUCGAAGAGUAACCUUGCAAGACCGCACGCCACAAGCGAAGCAGCGCGGCGUAAGUCCAGGUCCAUUGACAAGAAGCAAGCGCAUACAAAAUGGCGAUGCGCCAAUACCUACAGCCGAUCAUGAGAACUCGCCAGCAUCGUCUCCCGAAAGGUCAAUUUCUUGGGGGCCAAGUCGAAGCCCAACUCCAGUUCCUAAGAAUACCAAAGACUCCGAAUCCAUCGCGGUACUUAUAGGGCCAACUACUCAAUCGUCUAUCAUACACGAGACUCCGAAAACGGGUUCCGUACCACCAGCCAAUGAUCCCCCACCUUCGUCUGAGGAAGUUGAUGACCUGGAAACGAGGAUUCCGGAUGCCCAACCUCACAUCAAUGCCCUCGUUAACCGAAUGGCUGUGCCUGCCAAUCCAACAGUACCAUCGCCGCUCUCCAUAGACAGGACUAUGGCCACACCACCAUGUGCACAGCCAAGCAAUCCCACUCAAGCACUGGUCCCAGACACGGUCAUCACGAAUAGAGGGGCUUUAAAAGAGAAUAGAAGUCCGGGGACUGGUCUAUCAAAGCCUCGACUCAGAUUCAAACCUAUUGGUGUUGGUGAGAUGGGAAAGAAGAGGAAGAAAAGCCAUAACGAGAAAGAGCGCCUUCCACCCACAAUAAUGCCGCCAGAAAUCGAGAGUUCACAAAUACCGACAUCCUCCGACUCUAUCAUUCCUAACACGUACAACCAUAACGGGUCAACGACUCGGGAAGUCAUAAGAGAGUCUAUUGAAGUCAACGAGGAGGACGAGACAGUUGAAACUGUUGAGGAGAUUGUACCGUCAACCUACGACCAGCCAUUAAUAGUAGAUCGACCUUCCACUCAUCAUCAGAGGCCCGUCAUUAAGCAUGACCCUCUUGAGAUGGAGCAAAGAGCCCCCAAUCAGUACAAGCAAGCUGCUCAAGAACCCAUCACUCCAUCGCAGAUGGGUCCAUCAAAAAUGGCCCCAUCGUCGACUUCUCAUAGGCGGUUAGGUGACCAACUACAACCGCCUCAACCGUCUACACCACUAUGCAUAGCCCCAGGGGCGCCUCUGGAGCCAUAUGAUGUCUUCGUACAACACUACCCAGCGUAUACUGGCGACGAUGAUGGCCGAAAGUUACCAGGGACCAAGUUGCAUUUUAUUAAAGCCUGCGCAUACCUCAACUAUCUACGACCAAAAGGUCUUCUUCGAGACUGUCUCUAUGACGACUUCAUCCGAGCUUUCCCUUGUUAUUAUAAGAAAUACGUGGAUCGCACUCGCGUGCCAGUUAUGUUUGCAGUCGAAUGGUUCAACAAGCAGAAAAACCCCCCAAUCUAUGAUAAAUAUCUGGUUAAUAGGAGCAACCUUAGCCAUAUUCUUAGGUCAUACCCCGAAGAAUUUGCGAAGGUGACCAAACUGUAUUCAAAAAAGGAUGGUGAUCAAGUCAGUAUUUAUACCAGUUCAGAAGAGGGAGAUGUGCAGGGAAAUCGUCGGCUAUCGAGCUCAGUUUCCAGGUCUUCGAACCAUUCACAUCAAAGGAAGAGCCCGGAAUCUCUUGAACCCAUCACAACUGUUGAGAGUGACAUGGAUAUCGAUCUUCCCGAGAUGCUACCUGCACUGCGGUCAAACUCCAAGAAGCGGAAGUUGUCGAUAGUAUCGGUAGAGGAAACAGAGGGCCCGGAAGACUUUUUCACAGGUCCCACCACCACAUUCUUCACGAGCCCAUGGAAUUCAAACUCAGGCGCCGGCGCCGCCCUCGCCCAAGAUCCCACAGACCUCAAUGUUACCACCAUCCACAGUUGGAACGUCAGCAACAAGGCCGAGGCCAAUUCGACCAUUGAAGAGAUACUUUAG